UUUUGUUCGAGUUAAAAAUGGUACCAGUAGACUUAGAACUAUCUGGAGAUGAAUUUAGCACACUUUUUUUUCGAAUGUUCGCGUUUUUUUUUAGUCAUACCUAAUAGAAUAUUCACUGGAAUCUAUUCAAUGACAGAUAUUUUUAUUGUGUUUUUGUUUCUUACCUUUAUUAAUCUGUUAAUUUCAAUUAAAAUAAUUAUUUAAUUAAUUUCUUUUUUUUAUCUUAUUUAGAUGUUCGUAAAGUGGUUGUAUCAACGAAUAUUGGUGAAACAUCACUCACUAUUCCUGGUAUACGACAUGUUAUCGAUAGUGGAAUGGUUAAGGUCAAAACGUAUAAUCAUCAGACAGGAUUAGAAACAUUAAAAAUAGAAAAAAUAUCACAAGCACAAGCAUGGCAAAGAACAGGACGUGCUGGUCGAGAAACAAAUGGCACAUGUUAUCGAUUAUAUACAGAAGAAGAAUUUGAACAUUUAUCAGAGGCAGCUAUUCCAGAACUUUUACGAUGUAAUUUAUCUACUGUUACAUUACAAUUAUUGGCUAUGGGUAUUCGAGAUAUUGCUAAUUUUGAUUUUUUAUCAAAACCAAAUAUUAAAUCAAUUGAAGCAUCAAUACAAGAAUUAAUUUAUUUAAAAGCGAUUACGUCCGUAUUAGAAUUAACAGAUGAUGGCAAGAAAAUGGCAUGUUUUCCAUUAGAUCCAAAGUAA